AUGUUCAGACAUUUGACUUUCAGAGCUCGGGCCCCUGCUUUUGGUCAAAAUUGCCUAUCAUGGCGCCGGUAUUCUUCCGUUCCCAAGAGAAAUGUUCGUAGUCCUGAUCAGGGCCCAAAGUUGAGGUACCUUUUCGUGGUUGUGCUUGCGUCUUAUGGGUUGUUGCAUUUGGUCACCCAAAGAAUGGACAAGAAGAAAGCUCCGCAAACGUCUUUUUCUGAAAGAGAGUUCCAGGAGUACGAGAAAAGAACAGGCUUGAGAAGACGUGUCAAGUUGAUUCCUCCAGAAAAGAGAGAUCAAUACCACUUCUAUGCUGUUCCAUUCACCCUGUCAAAAAGCACUCUUGUCGAGUCGUUGGAUAAGCUUGGUCAACAAGGAAGGGAGAUUAAGGUGAUUGACACCGAAGAGCUCAUGGACAAGGAAGUCGAGCAGGAGGGUAAGUACUCAUUCUUGAUCGAGGACAUCAGAUCAUCAGGAAGGUCUGUUCCAAAGGGAUUGCUCACAGCUUUGGUAAAGAAUGAAGUUCAUCUUUACAUGAACACUACCAAGGGUCAAUAUGACACCGAUAUUGUGUUGGUCAAUUACCCACAAACGACUGAUGAGGCUAUCAAAUUUGAAAACGACAUAUCUGAUAUCCACGCAUGCUUGGUACCAGACAACGAAGAUGUGUUGCAAAAUAGCCUAGACCAUGAAAAGCUCAGAAAUGUCAACAACGUCGUCGGUUACUUCGAUAUGGUGCAUAAAGUGCAGAAGUUCAAGCAAGACAAAUAG